AUGUUGUCCAAAGGUGCGCUUGCUGUCGCGGUUUCUGCGAUUGUGGUUGAGGCCAUCGACAAUGGCCUCGCGAGAACCCCGCAAAUGGGAUGGAAUAACUGGAAUUCCUUCGGUUGUGAUGUCUCAGAGAACCUGCUGCUCGACCACGCCCAGCUCAUCAACGAGUAUGGUCUUCAGGACUUGGGAUAUCAGUAUGUUGUGCUAGACGACUGCUGGUCCGAUGGCCGUGAUAGCAAGGGCAAGCUCAUUGCAGACAAGAAGAAGUUUCCGCGUGGAAUGGCUGCAGUAGCGGACGAUUUGCAUUCCCAGGGUUUCCUUUUCGGCAUGUACUCGAGUGCUGGUGAACUGACCUGCGCACGAUAUGCUGGUUCACUUGACCAUGAAAUGGAUGAUGCCCAGAGCUUUGCGGAUUGGGGCGUGGAUUAUCUCAAGUACGAUAACUGCUACCACAUGGGCCGCUUCGGCACUCCUCUUAUCUCAUUUGAGCGUUUCAACAAGAUGGCCGAGGCCUUGAAGGCCACCGGCAAGAACAUCUUUUACAGUCUUUGCAACUGGGGCGAGGAUUACUCCUACAGUUGGGCUGCGUCUAUCAGCAACUCGUGGCGCGUGUUCGGUGACAUCUACGAUUCGUUUGCCCGUCCGGAUGAUCUGUGCUCUUGCAAUGAUCCCGCCAACCCGGCUUGCAUUGCCCCUGGCACUCACUGCUCGGUGCUCGCCAUCAUCAACCGAGUGGUGCCCUACAUUGAUCGUGGUCUCCCUGGUGGCUGGAACGAUCUCGACAUGCUCGAGGUCGGCCACGGUGGUAUGACUGAGGAAGAGUACAGAGCUCACUUCACCAUCUGGGCUGCUCUGAAGGCACCUUUACUCCUUGGCACCGAUCUUCGCAAGUGGUCAGGCUCCGACCUUGCCAUCGUCACCAACCCUGCCGUCAUCGCCAUCAACCAGGACCCCCGUGGCCGUGCCGUUCAGCGAAUCCGACGCAACUUUAACGUUCCCAAGGAUGAGUGGGGUGUUGGCGAGACUCACAUUUGGAGUGGCCCCCUCGCAAAUGGUGACCAAAUCCUGGUGUUCUUGAACUUUGCCGACGAGGACCUCGACAUGGGCGCCACUCUCGCAGAAAUCUUCCUCACUAACGGCGUCGGCGGCACUGCCCCCCAGAACAAGCAAGACUGGGCUGUCCACGACCUCUGGGGCAAGACUGGCGCUGCCAUGAGCAACGAGGAAGCUCAGUCCAUCCUUGACGCCGGCAGUGCCUCAGAACGGAAGCAGAAGCUGCAGAAGCUCGGAUGGUACAACUCGACUGAGCUUUCCUACGCCGAGGGUCUGAAGCGCGAGGACCCUCGUCUGUUUGGUGAGCGCGUUGGCGUGAUCAAGUCUGGUGGUCGCUUUGACGUUCGUGUGCCCAGACAUGCUGGCAAGGCCUUCCGUCUUCGUAGCCUCAGUGGCGAGAAGAUUAAGCAGAAGAGUCAUCUCAGGAAGGAUGAGCUGUGA